GCGCAAUUGGCUUUGCUGCUGCUGCUUACUCGCUUGCUUCUGCUUUUGCUGACUGUGGUUCCGGAUGAGCACUUUCGUCUCGACUGAAAACAAACAAAUGCAACCGCAAACAAGCUGACACACUAGGUCGAGAGUGAAGCAUGCUGCUCCAAGCCCAGCGCGUUUCCGUGUUCACCUUCCAGUCGGCGGUGCACAGCGCUCACGUCCUGCGCUGUCUGGACGAGCAGCGGCAACGGGACGUUCUGUGCGACCUGACCGUGGUGGCGGAGGGCCGGAGCUUCCGAGCCCACGCCGCCGUCUUGGCGUCCUGCAGCGAGUACUUCCAGGGCCGUGUCGCUGCCAACGCCGAGUCCAAACGCAACGCCGUCUUGGCCUUGCCGGAUGAGGUGACGGCGCAGGGCUUCGAACCUUUGCUGCAGUUCGCCUACACUUCCAAGUUGCUCUUCACCAAAGAAAAUAUCCACCAGAUUCGAAGCUGCGCUAAGUUCCUGGGCUUUCGCGACCUGGAGUCGGCUUGUUUUGAUUUCCUUGUCCCCAAGUUUACCCGGGAUGAAGCGCGGGAGGCGGGGCCGGGGGUCUGCCGUCAGGACCGCGAGGCCCGGCGACCCGCCCCGGACCUACCGCUUCCGUUCCCUCCGAGCGCGGCAGGUCCGGCCGGCGACUCCUGUUCAGAAACGGCUUCCUCGCCUCCCGACUCGUCGGCGUGUCCGACGUUGUCUCCGCCGGAAGCCGACCAAGCAUCACGUGUGCGUUCGAGUGUUCCAAACCAUCGGCCGGAUCCGCGAGACCCGUUGCUGAGACUCGGCGCCGACCCUCGGCCGCCUUUCUGUCCCGAAGACGAAGGACUCUCCCAGAGGAGCCGGGAGGAGCAGGAGGUCGCCGAGCAUCUGGCCAGGGGAUUCUGGUCGGACCUGUGCCCGCCGUCUCGGGGGGAAACAACACCCCCUUUGGACCAAGACGACCUGGAAAAAGCCUCCUCGGACUUCGGUUGGCUCAAACAUCUGGACCUGACCUCCAAUCCGGACGACUGUCCUUUCCUCAGGGAUCUGGACGCGGGCGACGAGCCCGACACGCGCGCAGACGCGCUGUCCCAGUCGGAGAAGAGCCCAUGCGUAUCCUCACUCAACUCCGGGGACGACUCCGACGUGGACACAGACGGGGAUUCCGAGGCAAACAACAGAAGAGCGGCUGAGAUCGAGCUGCCGUUCCCAGUGGAGCAAAUUUCCGCACUGAGUCGCAGCGCCUUCCAGCAGCUUCUCAAACGCUACCCCAUGACGCCCGAGCAGCUGGAGUUCGUUCAUGACGUUCGGAGAAGGAGUAAAAAUCGCGCGGCGGCGCAGCGAUGCAGGAAGAGGAAGAUGGACAGCAUCCACCAUCUCGACUGCGAAAUCACAAUAUUAAAAAGUGAGAAGAAGAAGCUUCUGGAGGAGCGUGCGGAGCUAGAGCAGAACCUGGAAGAAACUCGACAGAGCAUCUGCAGGCUACGCAAGAACGUCGGCGUGGAGCACUUCUCGGAUCAGGACCAUCUGCACUUCCUGCCCGAGUUCUCGCCGCCGGAUUUGGAUGAAAAUGCGUGAAAAAACUACAAGUCUUUCUAUCCAUCCAUCUUGGUACUAAUUGAGCAUCGUUGGAAUGCCACAGCCUACCUGAGUAUUGUUGCUGACCAUGUCCAUCCCUUUAUGACCACAAUGUACCCAACUUCUGAUGGCUACUUUCAGCAGGAUAAUGCGCCAUGUCAUAAAGCUGGAAUCAUCUCAGACUGGUUUCUUGAACAUGACAAUGAGUUCACUGUACUCAAAUGGCCUCCACAGUAACCAGAUCUCAAUUCAAUAGAGCAUCUUUGGGAUGCGGUGGAACGGGAGAUUUGCAUCAUGGAUGUGCAGCCGACAAAUCUGCACCAACUGUGUGAUGCCAUCAUGUCAAUAUGGACCAAACUCUCUGAGGAAUGCUUCCAGCACCUUGUUGAAUCUAUGCCAUGAAGAAUUGAAGCAGUUCUGAAGGCAAAAGGGGGUCCAACCCCUUACUAGCAUGGUGUACCUAAUAAAGUGGCCAGUGAGUGUAAAAUAUAUAUAUAUAUAUAUAUAUGUGUGUAUACACAGUGUAUCACAAAAGUGAGUACACCCCUCGCAUUUCUGCAGAUAUUUAGGUAUAUGUUUUCAUGGGACAAAAUGACACUUUGACACAAUGAAAAGUAGUCUGUGUGCAGCUUACGUAAUAGAGUUCAUUUAUUUUCCCCUCAAAAUAUAGCCAUUAAUAUCUAAACCCCUGGCAGCAAAAGUGAGUACACCCCAUAGAAAAUACGUACAUUCCUAAAUGUCCAAAUUGAGUACUGCUUGUCAUUUUCCCUCCAAAAUGGCAUAUGACUCGUUUGUGUUACCAGGUCCAGGUGUGCAUAGGGAGCAGGUGUGUUCAAAUUUGUAGUGUAGCUCUCACACUGGUCAUUGAAAGUUCCAACAUGGCACCACAUGGCAAACAAUGCUCUUAGGAUCUUAAAAGACGUAUUGUUGCGCACAUGAAGAUGGCCAAGGCUACAAGAAGAUUGCCAACACCCUGAAACUGAGCUGCAGCACAGAGGCUAAGAUCAUCCAGCGUUUUAAAAGAGCAGGGUCCACUCAGAACAGGCCUCGGGUCGGUCGUCCAAAGAAGCUGAGCGUCACAUCCAAAUGCUUUCUUUGAAGGAUUGUCGCAGGAGUCCUGUCGGCAUUGCUGCAGAGAUUGAAGAGGUGGGCAGUCAGCCUGUUAGUGGUCAGACCAUACGCAGCACUCUACAUCAAAUUGCUGUGCAUGGCUGUUACCCCUGGAGGAAGCCUUUUCUGAAGACGGUACAAAAGAAAGCCCGCAAACAGUUUGCUGAAGACGUGUCAACAAAGCACAUGGAUUACUGGAACCAUGUCCUAUGGUCUGAUGAGACGAAGAUUAAUUUGUUUGUUUCCGAUGGUCUCGAGCGUGUGUGGCGACGACCAGGUGAGGAGUACAAAGAUAAGUGUCAUGCCUACAGUCAAGCAUGGUAGAGGGAAUGUCAUGGUCUGGGCCUGCUUGAGUGCUGCAGGUGUUGGAGAGUUACAUUCCAUUGAGGGGAACAUGAACUCCAACAUGUACCGUGAAAUACUGCAGCAGAGCAUGAUCCCUUCCCUGCAGAAACUGGGUCGCAGAGCAGUGUUCCAGCAUGACAAUGACCCCAAACACACCUCCAAGAUGACCACUGCUUUACUGAAGAGGCUGAGGGUAAAGGUGAUGGACUGGCCAAGCAUGUCUGCAGACUUGAACCCAAUAGAACAUCUUUGGGGGACCCUCAAGCUGAAGGUGGAUGUGCGCAAAUAUGCGGCAACGUCGUCAUAGAGGAGUGGAAGACAUUCCACUGGCAACCUGUGAAGCUCUGGUCGACUCCAUGCCCAGGAGAGUAAAGAAAGUUCUGGAUAAUAGUGGUGGCCACACAAAAUAUUGACAGUUGACAUGUUUUAUGUUAAUAUUGACAAGUUUCACUAAGGGGCAUACUCACUUUUGUUGCCGGGGGUUUCGAUAUUAUUGGCUAUAGUUUGAGUUAAUUUUCGGGGAAAAUAAAUGAACUCUAUUAUGGUGGAAAAUACUUAGGUGACUUGAAGCUCCGCUCUGAGACCCCCAGUUUGACCAAAUUUCAAAAUUGUCCUAUAUGCAUGUGUGAUACAUCAUUGGAAAUCUUAAAAUCUCUAUUUUCUGGGGGAAGAAAAAUUUUGAACAGGAAGGCAUUUAAAAAAAUAAUAAUAAUAAUUUAAAACAGCAAAACAUAACUGGAGGCGAGAGCACGCGAGAGCAGAAUUAAAGACGCCGUGAUUUUAACGAGAUAUCAUCGCGUACUUACCUCGUUUCAAUCCAAAAACUCCAUGUAGCAUGUAUCAUCAAGUGUCAAGACACAGAUAUGAAUGGCCACAGCCGGAUUUUGAGGGGAUUUUAUGGGUGAAAUAUGGUCAAAUAACAAGGGUCGCGAUGCAGAAAUCGAAGACAUCAAAGAGUGGUCGAGAUGUUUUCUUCUUCAUAUAUUUACUAGGGCUAUCAAACGAUUAAAAUUUUUAAUCGAGUUAAUCACAGCUUAAAAAUGAAUUAAUCGUAAUUAAUCGCAAUUCAAGCCAUCGAUAAAACGUCAUAGUUUUCUGUAAAUUAUUGUUGGAAUGGAAAGACACAAGACGGAUAAAUACAUUCAACAUACAGUACAUAAGUACCGUAUUUGUUUAUUUUAACAAUAAAUCAACAAGAUGGCAUUAACAUUAUUAACAUUCUCUUAAAGCGAUCCGUGGAUAGAAAGACUUGUAGUUCUUAAAAGAUAAAUGUUAGUACAAGUUAUAGAAAUUUUAUAUUAAAACCCCUCUUAAUGUUUUCGUUUUAUUAAAAUUUGUAAAAUUUUCAAUCAAAAAAUAAACUAGUAGCUCGCCAUUGUUGAUGUCAAUAAUUACAACAUGCUCACUCAUUGUGCUGAAGCCCAUAAAAUCAUUUGGGCCCAAGCGCCAGCAGAGGGCGCCAAACACCAAAAAACAAGUAACAAGUGGACAUUACACUGCUGUCAUUUUAAUCUGUUUGAACGGGGCAUGUGCGUUAAUUGCGUCAAAUAUUUUAAUGUGAUUAAUUUAAAAAAUUAAUUAACGCCCAUUAACGCGAUAAUUUUGACAGCCAUUUUUACCCUUUGAAACUUUUAUUUUCAAAUUUUGUUUAUUUGGAUCGAUUAUUUAUCAUCUAACGUGUCAGGGUUAAUGCAAAAGUAACAAAAAUACAAUUUGGCGGUAGUUAUGAAGUAGAUAUAUGUGACUUUUACAGACACCAUUUUUGUCAUUGUAACGUCAUUUGUUUAAAAGUUUAAAAUAUGCAAGUGAAUUAUUUUUUAAAGUCGUUUUUUUUUUCCAUUUGAAUUCUUUUCAGGUCAUUCAUUGUCAGACAGAAGCGGCACGGCACAACGUCACGCUAAAAAAAUAAGUUAAAAAUAUCAAAAUGGCUGACCUCUUUGUCCUCUGAAAGACGAUGCCAACUCAACAAAAUGUUUACUGCAUAAAUGUUUACUGCCAAGCUGGCGUUAAAAGUCUGUGGAAGUUGAUUCAUUCUUCACAUUUUUUCCUCCGAGUUUUUGGUUUCAUCCUUCAUACAGUGGGGCAAAUAA